GGCCACCAGCAGAUUGCGCGCGAAGUGGAGGAGAGGUUGUCAGACUAGCCGCUCAUAGUGCGCGCGUUCUGGUACUGGCGGGGCGAGUACGCGUGUGCGGGGACGAGCGCGUUCGGGAGGGAGAGAGCGCCUUUACUGUGUGUCCGCGAGUGGUACGAGCACGGCGCGAGGCGCGAGAGGCGGGAAGCCUGCACCUGUGGAGCUGUGGAGCGAGGUUGCGCCUCACUCACUCACGCCGCCGCCGGCUGGCUCCCUACCGCGUGCCCCGCGGCCCUCCCGUGUGGACGCUGCCCCCCCUCCCGGAGACCACCAGUGCGACCACCCGCACCAGCUGAUGACCGGCGACUCCUCGUCGGCGUCGUCGUCAGAGAGGUCCCCGUCUCCUUCCCACUCGCACGCGGCGGAUUUCCCGACUGGCGGUGGCUCUGGCGUCGCAGUGGACACGGCUAGCAUGAGGGAGGAGAACCAGAUGCGGAAGUGAGUAAGUGCACAAUGACGGACGACGUGACGACGGCCCUGCCGGGCUCGGAGACGGCGGUGUACGCGCGGCGGUGGGCCAUGCUCGCCAUGUUCGUGACGCUCUCCAUGACGAGCGCCUUCCAGUGGAUCGAGUACUCCAUCAUCUCGGACGCCAUCAUGGCGUACUACAACGUGCCGGCCUUCUGGGUGGACUGGACCUCCAUGAUCUACAUGGUCACCUACAUCCCGCUCAUCCUGCCCGGCUCCUGGCUGCUCGACAAGAAGGGGCUGCGCUGGGCGCUGGUGCUGGCGGUGCUGGGGACGUGCGCCGGCUCGUGGGUCAAGGUGUUCUCGGUGGCGCGCGACCGCUACUGGGUCACGUUCCUCGGCCAGACCAUCGUGGCCGUGUCGCAGGUCUUCAUCCUGAACGUGCCCGCCCGCCUGGCCGCCGUGUGGUUCGGCCCGGGCCAGGUGUCCUCCGCCUGCUCCAUCGGCGUCUUCGGCAACCAGCUGGGAGUGGCGCUGGGCUUCGUGGUGCCACCCAUGCUGGUGACCCAGAGCGAGGAUGUGGAGCUCCUCGGGGAGCAGCUGCGGAUCCUCUUCUACAUCGUGGCGGGCGUCACCUCCGUCCUGCUGGUCCUCAUCCUCUUCUUCUUCCAGGCUGGUCCACCGCUUCCACCCAGCCCCGCGCAGGCCACCAUCAAGGCAUCCGAAAACGAGGGCUUCUUCAUCUCCGUCAAGCGGCUGUCCACCAACUGGCCCUACAUGCUGCUGCUGCUGUCGUACGGCGUCAACAUUGCCGUGUUCUACGCCAUCAGCACGCUACUCAACCAGGUCGUGCUCAAGGUCUUCCCGCAUAGUCGCGACGCGGGGCACAUCGGCCUGGUCAUCGUGCUGGCGGGGAUGUUGGGCUCCGUCGUGUGCGGCGUUGUCCUGGACUCCACCGGCAGAUUUAAGGAGACGACUCUUGCUGUCUACGCGCUCUCCCUGGUCGGCAUGUUGGUGUACACGUACUCGUUCUUCACCGGCCUCAUCUGGGUCGUGUACUUGGCCAGCGCUGUGCUAGGGUUCUUCAUGACGGGAUACCUCCCCGUGGGCUUCGAGUUCGCCGCCGAGCUGACGUACCCGGAGCCGGAGGGCACGUCGGCAGGCCUACUCAACGCCGCCGUCCAGAUGUUCGGCAUCCUCUUCACCAUGUUCUACGGCUGGAUCUUCGAGCGCGCCGGCCACCUGUGGGCCAACAUCACCAUGUGCGUGGCGCUGUUCAUCGGCACCAUCAUGACGGCCUGCAUCAAGAACAACCUGCGGCGGCAGGCGGCGCAGAAGAACCCCCUGGACCGCGCCAUCGCCGUGAGCACCAUCGGCAGCCCCAUCGAGCAGGUCCUAGAAAACGACGUCAUACCAGCAGACUUAGUGUACCAGUCAGCCCCUCCUCAGCAGUCUGAUUACAAAGUGCGUCACACAGUUACUAGAAGAGCUCAGAACUACAAUGAUGAUCCACACCUAUUGAUUUAAUAUUCUUGUAUACUAAUUUCUGAAAUAAACUGGUACUCACAUCACAGGAGAAAAAAUGAAAA